CGUCACAGUUGAUUGUUUAUUUAUCUAUUUUCGUUCUGCUUUUAUUGUGUUUUUAAUCAGUUUUAUUAACUUAUUGUUAAAUAUACAUAAAGUGUUAAAUAAUUAAAAUGUCAAUCAAAGCAUUAGAUCAAAGUACAGCGAAAUUUUUAAAGACAAGUCAAGUUAUCACAUCAGUUUCUUUUGCUGUUAAAGAACUCGUGGAAAAUUCACUUGAUGCCGGUGCAAAAAAUAUUGAAAUUAACCUUUCAGACUAUGGGUUAGCAAAUAUUGAAGUAAAAGACGAUGGCUCUGGAAUUUCGAAAGUGGAUGCUCCAUUCAUGGCACUCUCGUCAUAUACUUCAAAAAUAAAAAAUUUCGAAGAUUUGGAUAAACUUUACACUUAUGGAUUUCGAGGAGAAGCUCUGCAAGCUCUCAGUGAAAUUUCAGAGCUUACAGUUAUUACAAAAUCGCAAAAUGAAGAAAUUGCGACAUUAUAUAAUAUUAAUUCAAAGGGGAACAUCGUGAAAUCAGAGCCAUGUCAUAGAACAAUAGGUACAACUGUUCAAGCAAAGGGAUUAUUUAAAAAUUUCCCUGUAAGGAGGCAAACUUUACUAAAUUCAAGAAGAGCAAAUCAGGACUUGAAAUAUUUAGAAGAUCUUUUAAAAAGUUUUGCAAUUAUUCAUCCGAAUCUGAGAAUUACUUAUCGACUGAAUAAACAAAUUGUAUUUAUGAAACCAAGUGCAAGUAAUUUAACUGAAUCAAUUAGAAAUGUUUUGGGAAAAGAUGUAACAUCAAAUUUGGAAUUUAUCGAAGGAAUUUUUCCCGAGGUCAAAGUUAAAUUAAUGCUACCAAAAAAAGAUCUCAUGGAUUCAACUCUAAUUUGCCAAACAAGAUCUCAAUUCAUUUUCGUCAACAAUAGAAUUCUCGUGCAUAAGGCAUUACAAAAGCUACUGAAUAAGAAGAUUCAAGAAUACUAUUUAAAGAAAGGAAUCACUGUUACAAAUUCUCUAUUUCUUCUAAAUAUUGACGUUGAUCCGGCAAAUCUGGACAUUAAUCUAGAACCGAAUAAGUCGAAGGGAUUUUUGAAAAACGAGAGUAAAAUUCUCGAAUUAAUCCAAACAGUUGUCAUGAAUUUCUACCAACUUGAUAUAUCUCAGGAAGAUGAGAAUAACCAAGUGAAAAAAACAUCAUUAAAUGGCAAUUCUCCUUUAGAUGAGAGAAAUGGAAGAGAUUCAAGUGUCGCAGACAAAGAAAACGAAUGGCCUGCAUGUAAAAAAAGGAAAGUGGACUUUAACAGAAAAUUGUCAAACGGUGAUUUGUCAAACAAUGGAAAAAUUAAUGAAUCUGAGGAUACAAUUUCGCCAAUGAUUUUAAAUAUAAGAGAACCAGUUUUAAGCGAAUCGGACUCAAAUAGCGACAGUGAGAAAAAUAAUCUCAAAGGAAGACGAAGUGUCGUGUCUAAAAGUAACAAAGAAUCAGUUGGAAAUAAGAGAGACUACAACGGAACUGGAACUAAGGAAAUCGAAAUGCCACCUUCAGAUGUGGAAACUUUGUCUCAGUUGCCAGUUGUCGAUCUGGGAGAGGAAUUUUCACAAAUAAGUAAAUCAACAUUUCAAUCUAGUGAUUUGAAUCCUGAGCCAAUGGAUGUUAUGGAUUCAUUAUUAUUGGAAUUGGAUUUAGAUGAAUUUUUGGACGUCACUAUAGAAACAGAAAAAUCAAAAACUGUCUUGAAACAAAGUACCUUAUCACUAGACACUUCUCAAACUGGUGAAGUAUCAUUGAAAUUGGAUAAGGAUAAUUAUCUUAAUGAUAGUAAUUCAAAUCAAUCAUCGACAAAUUCUUGGAGUCGAGGAAACAUUACUGGAUUAGUGUCAGGCACUAACGUCAAAGUUGUUGGAUUAACCGAAAAGGAAAAAUCAAGCAGUUUAACUGGUUUCAAUGUAUUUUUUUCGCAAGUAAGAUCUCAAGUAGUGGAAGAAAAUCCAGAAAUGUCUAUCCCUCAAAUUGCUCAGCAUUUGACGAAUCGUUGGAAGGAAAUGAGUGACGAUGAGAAAGCGAAAUAUUAUGAGAUUGCUAUAGAGAGAAUGCAGAAUGAAGAACAAUUAUCAAAGAGAGAGAAAAAAGAAAAACAGGAAAAGGAAAAAAACAAAAAGAGACUUUUAAAAAUGUUAAACAUUAUGAAAGCAAAUAGUAAAGAUAUGAAUAAAACGAAUGAAACAAUGAGAUCAAGAACCACAAAGCAAAUGGAAACAAGUAUACAAAAGCUCUCUGACAAAUUUUAUAGGCCAAAAAAAUCAGAACAGAAUAUUGUAAUCGGAAGAAUAAAACCUUCUCUAUGGAUUGUAAAAGUAACCAGUCAAUUUUAUUUACUCGACGUAGAAAUUAUGUUCAAAAAAUUAAAUUUCAUCGAACAUAGUUCGGCAGACACAAAUGCCAAAACUCUGGAAAAACUUUUAAAACGAUGGACAUUGGAAAAUGAUGAUAUGUCUAUUUUACAUCUUAUCGAUCAAAAUAGUUAGAUUUAAAAAUAAUUUUAAAGUUUAUAAUAUUUGAAUGUUGAAGUUUUAAUUUUCUAUUAUCAUAUUAUUAUUAAUUAUUAUAAACUGUAAACUUAAAUUAUUAGUUUUAAAUUUAGCGCCUCAGCGGCCUCGCAGCGAAUUCAUGUUUUGAGGUUAUGUUUGCCUCUGUUUGGGUUUGAGGGGUUUGAGUCAGUUUGAGUUGACCGUUUGUUUAUUCGAAUGUUUGGAAUAAAAAAUAUCUAUUUAUUUUAA